AUUAAUAUGUCUGAAACACCAAUGAAUGAACGGCAAAAUUAUCAAACUUUUGCUGAUAGAAAAAUAUUAAAAGAUUUACCAUUCUAUAGACGAUAUCCUAGAACAUUUGUUGCUGUUGGAAGUACAUUUGGCUUUUUAGUAUUGUUUAGUAAAGCAAUUUAUGAUAUUUUUGCACCAAAUAGUCCUGAAGAUAAACAAAAAAAAUUAUAUCUCGAAAAAAUAAAACAAUUAAAACUUCAACAAGAUAUCGAAUCACGAAAGUUUAAUACAUUAAAGAACCAUGGAAGCAGUGAAUAAAGCAAAAUCACGUUUUAAAAGAUAUCCUGAGCUUUUGUUUGCUUGUCAUUCGGAAGGCUUGGAAUAUGCCUCAUGUGUAAUACAACACGAAAGAGAUUUAAAAGCUGAUUCUUGUAAGACUCAAUUCAUGAAGUUUCGCAAGUGUCUGGCUUCUAAAGCGCUAAAGUGUAGUACUAAAAUUUAGGAGUAUACAAAAUUUAGUAGCUGUUAUUAGUGACAAUAAUAUGUAUUUUUUUUGGCAUACCGUGUUUGCUCUUUUUAUAAGAAUAUUUAUGAUUUUUUUCUCUCAAUGGUAUGAUAAUGAUGAUACUGGUGUUCAUUAUACCGAUAUUGAUUACAAAGUUUUCACAGAUGCAGCUCAACAUAUAUUAGAAGGUGAUUCACCAUACAAACGACCAACUUACAGAUACUCUCCAUUAAUAGCUGCUUUACUUAUACCAAACAUUUUACUAAACCGUUGCUGGGGAAAGCUUUUAUUUUCCUCAUUUGAUCUAGCUAUUGCUAUAACUAUACGGAAAAUAGUCACAAAAUCUCAUCCAGGUUUUAGUAAUAUCUGUGCAUACCUAUGGUUAUACAAUCCUUUAAGUAUUGUUAUUUCAACUCGGGGUAAUGCUGAUUCUAUUUCAUGCUUAAUAGUUCUUAUAACAUUAUUUGCCCAUAUGCAAAAUUAUUACGUUCUGUCUGCAAUUUUUUUUGCUAUAUCUGUACACAUACGAAUCUAUCCUAUUAUAUAUGGCUUAGCAUACUAUUUGUCCAUCGAUGGUAAAAAUAAUUAUUCUUCAACAACACAAAUGAUAUUUUAUCGUUUCUUGCCUACUCGUAAAAAAAUACAAUUUGUUAUUGUAUUUAUUUUAACAUUGAUUAUUGUAACUUGGCCUUGGUAUUACUUUUAUGGUCAUCAGUUCUUAGAUGAAUCGUAUUUAUACCAUGCUCGGCGAGUAGAUGCACGUCAUAAUUUCUCUAUUUAUUUUUACUUUAAUUAUUUAUCAUCUAGUUUUGAUAAAAUAUCAAUAGUUUACAGUUUAGCCUCAAAACUGCCUCUAUUUAUUCUAUUGGUAUCCAUAUCAUUCACAUUUCCCCAUACUGAAGACCUGCCUUUCUGUCUGUUUUGUCUUUCAUUUAUUAUAGUAGCAUUUAACACAGUUAUCACAUCUCAAUACUUUGUUUGGUUUGUAUCAUUCUUGCCAAUGUGUUAUCCGUUCUUAAAUCUAUCAGUUAUUGAAAUUAUAAAUGUGAUACUGAUUUGGGUAGUACCUCAAAUUGGAUGGCUAAUGUUUGCCUAUUGUUUAGAGUUUUUAGGUAUUAAUACAUUUCAAUUAAUCUGGGUUGAAUCGAUAAUGUUCUUCAUAGCCAACAUAAAAGUUCUAUCAAUAACUAUUGAUUACUAUAAAUUUAAUAAAUUGAAAAAGAAAUUGUAAAAAUGUUAUUUUAUUUUAUUAGAA